AGGAGUCUGAACAGGAGAGAGCUGGAGCGAGCAGAGCCACAGAACUAAGCUGCUCAACGCGAUACACAAACUGCGGCGUGUCCCUGCGCGGCCUCCGUACUCCGCUGUCAUGGUGCUGGAGAAGAAAGGCUCCGCUCGUGUGGAGGCGGGGCAGCGGAGAGUGUUGGACGAGGCCACGAGACAGAGACGUCUGACCCGACAGCUCGAGGCUCUGGAGAAGGACAACUUCCAGGACGACCCUUUGUCCUCUCUGCCUCCUCCAGGACCCACAGCCCGACUGCCAGCCUUCAGCGAGACCGAGGAACCAGAGAAGAGGAGGAGAAAGACUCGUGGAGAUCAUUUCAAACAGAGGUUCAGAAAGAACUUCAGCGCUCUGCUGGAAGAGGAGAACCUGUCGGAGCGGGCGGAGCCUAACUACCUGUCGGCUGUGGCCCCGCCCUCCUCGCUGCCGCCCCGCCCCUUCUGCUGCGUGUGUGGAUUCCCCUCACACUACACCUGCACCACCUGCGGAGGGCGCUACUGCUGCACCAAGUGUCUGCUCACGCACCGAGAGACCAGGUGUCUGAAGUGGACUCUGUGACUUGGUUCAGACGCUGCUCUUCCUUCGAGCUGCGUGGUGAUUGGCUCCUGCAGCUGUCACUCACAGACCUCAGACUGCAGCUGUGCCCUGAGGUGGGCGGGCCUUAGGAGUGAGUGACAGGUGGGUUUGACCAAUCACAGUGUGGACUCAGAGGAAGCAGAUGUUUGAGUCGCCUCAGGUCGAUGAAGCUGCAAACUGAACUGUAAAGCACUGAACAUUUGUGACUGUGGACGCAACAGCUCCUCCCCCUCGCACAGAGGCCCCGCCCCUCGCACAGAGGCCCCGCCCCUCUGAGCGACAUGAACCAAAUGGAUAUCUUGGACCAACAAAUAGCUGCAGCCGACAGUUUGAGUCAGAGGUGACGUCACGGCUCGAGAGGUUUCAUCAGAACUCUGGUCCUGACCUGGUUUAGUCCUGGUUUAGACCUCUUUUAGUCCUGGUUUAGUCCUGGUUUAGUCCUGGUUGUUCAUUUUCUCUCCAUCUUAAACUGUGACAUAAAGUUGUUUUUUUCUGUCCAAAUAAAACUCCCUCCAGUCACCGGGGGGCGCCAGUGC